AAAUGGACACAGGUUUGCUCUGUGAAAGCCAAGAAGAGAUGCCAGAGACACUUCACAUGGAGACAGUUCCAGACAAAAGAAAUAAUGAUUUAAUCGACGAGAUAAAAGCUCGCCUCAUAGAUUAUUCAAAUAAAUCCCCUGAGGAAAUGAGGAAAGGCCUUGAAGUUAUGUACGAAAAAUUGAGAAAGCUUAAAACGCCAUCUGCAUGUGCAUCUUAUUUGGCAAAUUUUGGUGAAGGAAAAUCUAGAAAAAAUCGUGGUAACUAUAUUCCCAUGCAGCCCACUGCAAUAAGCAGAAGAAAAAACAAGUUGGCAGGUCGCAGAUGUCAUCCGGGGGGAAGACAAAGACCACACUCUAAGCAAAGCAAGGAAUUUGUAAAGACAGUAGAAAUUUCUGAAAUGGCUACCUUUCCAUCACCAGCUACGCAAUCAUCCCAGUCAGCUUCAGACUUUUGAAGGUGCACGACUGUUUACUGCAGCAUAGUGUGUAGGAUUUUCUUAAUCUGAGAUCCAACCUAAUGGAACUAUUAAGGGAAUGAUUGUAGUAAUUAAGUUUUUUCUUAAAGCUCAGGCCUAGCCUGACUGCUGAAAUAUAUUAAGUUUUUUU